UCCGCGGUAUCUUUCCGGCGUCCAGCCUGCAGCGCUCCCUCUUGCCGGCUGCUCGCCCCGGCCCGGUGCAGCUUGGACCCGCUCUGCAGCCGCCGCCCGCGCGUCGCGCCCCGUGGGACUCCAAACGAGCCCCAAGGAGACCCUCUUCUUUUUGGAGGGCGACUUUUGUUUGCUCGCCUGCUUUCUUCGGUGACUUCUGCAGCUUUCCAAGAUCUGUGCCCGGAGCGCACAGGAGUCUGCUGAGCCUCGGCGUGCACCGCCCCCUCCCCUUUUUUUUCCCCUGUGAGGUCCGCUUUCUUUGUAACUUUACGCCGCGGCUGCUCGGGUUACUUUUGUAAUUUCCCGCCCCCACCCGCUGGCGGUCCUGAAGUCGCUCGGGGCCGUGGCCCGGGGGAUGCAACGUGGACCACGCGGGGCUGCCGGCCUCAUUGACGCCGCGCCUCGCUGCCCACUGCGCUAGAGCCCGCGCCCAGCGCCGGGGCAGUCAGGGCGAGCGCUGUGCCCAGCUAGACCAGGGACCACAACCCAGGGAUCCCCGGGAGCUGACGAGGGGCUCGAUAGACCCUGACUUUUUUCGGGAUUUGGUGGAUUUGGUCUUCGAUCGCCCCCUCUCCGCGGGCCUACAUUCACGCGCUCUAGGCGCCGGCGAUGGGGAGACGUCGGCGGCUGUGUCUCCAGCCCUACUUAGUGUGGCUGGGUUGCGUGGCGCUCUGGGCGCAGGGCACAGCCGGCCAGCCUCAGCCUCCGCCACCUAAGAUGCUCCGGCCCGCUGCAGGAGGCUCGGAAGGCGGGUUCGCGGCGCCCGACUACCGGGAGGAGGGCGCGGUAGCGGCGAGCCGGGUCCGCAGGCGAGGACAGCAGGACGUGCUCCGAGGGCCCAACGUGUGCGGCUCCAGGUUCCACUCCUACUGCUGUCCUGGAUGGAAGACGCUCCCAGGAGGAAACCAAUGCAUUGUCCCAAUUUGUAGGAACAGUUGUGGUGAUGGAUUUUGUUCCCGUCCGAACAUGUGUACUUGUUCCAGUGGCCAGAUAUCACCAACCUGUGGAGCAAAAUCAAUUCAGCAAUGCACCGUGAGGUGCAUGAAUGGUGGAACUUGUGCUGAGGACCACUGCCAAUGCCAGAAGGGAUAUAUCGGAACUUACUGCGGACAACCUGUCUGUGAAAGUGGAUGUCAAAAUGGUGGGCGGUGCAUCGGCCCCAACCGCUGUGCUUGUGUUUAUGGAUUCACUGGGCCACAGUGUGAAAGAGAUUACAGGACAGGCCCAUGCUUCACACAGGUCAAUAAUCAGAUGUGCCAGGGGCAGCUGACAGGCAUUGUCUGUACGAAGACGCUGUGCUGUGCCACCAUUGGACGAGCCUGGGGCCAUCCCUGUGAGAUGUGUCCAGCCCAGCCUCAACCCUGCCGCCGGGGCUUCAUCCCCAACAUCCGCACGGGAGCAUGUCAAGAUGUUGAUGAAUGCCAGGCAAUUCCAGGACUAUGCCAGGGAGGAAACUGCAUCAACACAGUGGGCUCUUUUGAAUGCAGAUGCCCCGCUGGUCACAAACAGAGUGAAACUACUCAGAAAUGUGAAGACAUUGAUGAGUGCAGCGUCAUUCCUGGGGUAUGUGAAACGGGUGACUGUUCCAACACUGUGGGAAGCUAUUUUUGUGUUUGUCCACGUGGAUACGUAACCUCGACAGAUGGCUCUCGAUGCAUCGAUCAGAGAACAGGCACGUGUUUCUCGGGCCUGGUGAAUGGUCGCUGUGCACAGGAGCUCCCAGGCAGAAUGACAAAAACCCAGUGCUGCUGUGAGCCUGGCCGUUGCUGGGGCAUUGGGACGGUUCCAGAGGCCUGUCCUGUCAGAGGAUCUGAGGAACACCGAAGACUGUGCCUGGAGGGACUUCCAAUGGGCGGGAUUCCAGGAAGUGCUGGAUCCGGACCUGGAGGCACUGGGGGCAAUGGCUUUGUCCCAAAUGGCAACGGCUAUGGCCCAGGAGGAACGGGCUUCCUCCCCAUCCCUGGAGGCAAUGGCUUUUCUCCUGGUGUUGGGGGAGCUGGAGUGGGGGCCGGGGGCCAAGGGCCCAUCAUCACUGGACUAACGAUUCUAAACCAGACAAUGGAUAUCUGUAAACACCAUGCUAACCUGUGCCUCAAUGGACGCUGCAUACCUACUGUUUCCAGCUACAGAUGUGAAUGCAAUAUGGGUUAUAAGCAGGAUUCAAAUGGGGAUUGCAUAGAUGUUGAUGAAUGCACAUCAAAUCCCUGCACUAAUGGAGAUUGUGUUAACACACCUGGAUCCUAUUACUGUAAAUGUCACGCUGGAUUCCAGAGGACUCCUACUAAGCAAGCGUGCAUUGAUAUUGAUGAAUGCAUCCAGAAUGGAGUUCUUUGUAAAAACGGUCGAUGUGUGAACACAGAUGGAAGUUUCCAGUGCAUUUGCAAUGCCGGCUUUGAGUUAACGACAGAUGGGAAAAACUGCGUUGAUCAUGAUGAAUGUACAACUACCAACAUGUGUUUGAACGGGAUGUGCAUCAAUGAAGAUGGUAGCUUCAAGUGCAUUUGCAAGCCAGGAUUUGUGUUGGCGCCAAAUGGGCGUUACUGCACUGAUGUUGAUGAAUGCCAGACCCCAGGUAUCUGUAUGAAUGGACACUGCAUCAACAAUGAAGGGUCCUUCCGCUGUGACUGUCCUCCAGGCCUGGCAGUGGGUGUGGAUGGACGUGUUUGUGUUGACACUCACAUGCGCAGUACCUGCUAUGGUGGAAUCAAGAAGGGAGUGUGUGUGCGUCCUUUCCCAGGCGCAGUGACCAAGUCUGAAUGCUGCUGUGCUAAUCCUGACUAUGGCUUUGGAGAGCCCUGCCAGCCCUGCCCUGCUAAAAACUCAGCUGAAUUCCAUGGCCUUUGUAGUAGUGGAGUAGGAAUCACUGUGGAUGGAAGAGAUAUCAAUGAGUGUGCUUUGGACCCUGACAUAUGUGCCAACGGGAUUUGUGAAAACUUGCGAGGUAGUUAUCGUUGCAAUUGCAACAGUGGCUAUGAACCAGAUGCCUCUGGAAGAAACUGCAUUGACAUUGAUGAAUGCUUGGUGAACAGGCUGCUGUGUGACAACGGCCUGUGCAGAAACACACCAGGAAGCUACAGCUGCACGUGCCCCCUGGGGUAUGUGUUUCGGACUGAGACAGAGACCUGUGAAGAUGUAAAUGAAUGUGAAAGCAACCCAUGUGUCAACGGAGCCUGCAGGAACAACCUCGGAUCUUUCAAUUGUGAAUGUUCGCCUGGCAGCAAACUCAGCUCCACAGGAUUGAUCUGUAUUGACAGUCUGAAAGGAACAUGUUGGCUCAACAUCCAGGACAACCGCUGUGAAGUGAACAUCAAUGGAGCCACCUUGAAAUCUGAAUGCUGUGCCACCCUUGGUGCCGCCUGGGGGAGCCCCUGCGAGCGCUGUGAGCUAGAUGCAGCUUGCCCAAGAGGAUUUGCCAGGAUCAAAGGUGUAACUUGUGAAGACGUUAAUGAGUGUGAAGUGUUUCCUGGAGUUUGUCCAAAUGGACACUGUGUCAACAGCAAAGGAUCUUUCCAUUGUGAGUGCCCUGAAGGCCUUACACUGGAUGGAACCGGCCGUGUAUGUUUAGACGUCCGCAUGGAGCAGUGCUACCUGAAGUGGGAAGAGGAUGAGUGUGUCCGCCCUGUUCCUGGGAAGUUCCGCAUGGACGCCUGCUGCUGCGCAGUCGGGGCAGCUUGGGGCACCGAGUGUGAAGAAUGCCCCAAACCUGACACCAAGGAGUAUGAGGCCCUGUGCCCCCGGGGCCCAGGCUUUGCUAACAGAGGGGACGUUCUCACCGGGCGUCCAUUUUACAAAGAUAUCAAUGAGUGCAAAGCCUUUCCAGGGAUGUGCACCUACGGGAAGUGCCGAAACACAAUUGGAAGUUUCAAGUGCCGCUGCAAUAGUGGCUUUGCCCUGGACAUGGAGGAGAGAAACUGUACAGACAUUGACGAAUGCAGGAUCUCUCCUGACCUCUGCGGCAGUGGGAUCUGUGUCAACACACCAGGCAGCUUUGAAUGCGAGUGCUUCGAGGGCUAUGAGAGCGGCUUCAUGAUGAUGAAGAACUGCAUGGACAUUGACGAAUGUGAACGUAACCCUCUCCUUUGUAGGGGUGGCACCUGUGUGAACACUGAGGGCAGCUUUCAGUGUGACUGCCCACUGGGACACGAGCUGUCACCAUCCCGUGAGGACUGUGUGGAUAUUAAUGAGUGCUCCUUGAGUGACAAUCUCUGCAGAAAUGGGAAGUGUGUGAACAUGAUUGGAACUUACCAGUGCUCUUGUAAUCCUGGAUACCAGGCCACACCAGACCGCCAGGGCUGUACAGAUAUCGAUGAAUGCAUGAUAAUGAACGGAGGCUGUGACACCCAGUGCACCAAUUCAGAAGGCAGCUAUGAAUGCAGCUGUAGUGAAGGGUAUGCCCUGAUGCCCGAUGGGAGAUCAUGCGCAGAUAUUGAUGAAUGUGAAAACAAUCCUGAUAUCUGUGACGGUGGUCAGUGUACCAACAUCCCCGGAGAGUACCGCUGCCUGUGUUAUGAUGGCUUCAUGGCUUCAAUGGACAUGAAAACGUGCAUCGAUGUGAAUGAGUGUGACCUGAAUUCCAACAUCUGCAUGUUUGGGGAGUGUGAGAACACAAAAGGCUCUUUCAUUUGCCACUGCCAGCUGGGCUACUCAGUGAAGAAAGGGACCACGGGAUGCACAGAUGUGGACGAGUGUGAAAUUGGUGCCCACAACUGUGACAUGCACGCCUCGUGUCUGAACGUCCCUGGAAGCUUCAAAUGCAGUUGCAGAGAAGGUUGGGUGGGAAAUGGCAUCAAAUGUAUUGAUUUGGAUGAAUGCUCUAACGGAACCCACCAGUGUAGCAUAAAUGCUCAGUGUGUCAAUACCCCAGGCUCAUAUCGAUGUGACUGCUCAGAAGGUUUCACAGGAGAUGGCUUUGCUUGCUCAGAUGUUGAUGAGUGCGCAGAAAACAUAAACCUCUGUGAGAACGGCCAGUGCCUCAACAUCCCUGGCGCAUACCGCUGCGAGUGUGAGAUGGGGUUCACUCCAGCCUCAGACAGCCGGUCCUGCCAAGAUAUUGAUGAAUGCUCCUUUCAAAAUAUUUGUGUCUUUGGAACAUGUAAUAAUUUGCCUGGGAUGUUUCACUGUAUAUGCGAUGAUGGUUAUGAACUGGACAGAACAGGAGGAAACUGCACAGAUAUUGAUGAAUGUGCAGAUCCCAUUAACUGUGUCAAUGGCCUAUGUGUGAACACACCUGGUCGUUAUGAAUGUAACUGUCCACCUGAUUUUCAACUGAACCCCACUGGUGUAGGUUGUGUUGACAAUCGUGUGGGCAACUGCUACUUGAAGUCUGGUCCUCGAGGAGACGGGGGUCUCUCCUGCAACACAGAGAUCGGUGUGGGCGUCAGUCGCUCCUCCUGCUGCUGCUCCCUGGGAAAGGCUUGGGGAAACCCCUGCGAGACUUGCCCCCCUGUCAAUAGCACUGAAUAUUAUACCCUGUGUCCUGGAGGUGAAGGCUUUAGACCAAACCCCAUCACAAUCAUCUUGGAAGAUAUUGAUGAAUGUCAGGAGUUACCAGGGCUCUGCCAGGGUGGAAACUGCAUCAACACGUUUGGGAGUUUCCAGUGUGAGUGCCCUCAGGGUUACUACCUCAGUGAGGAAACACGCAUCUGUGAAGACAUUGAUGAAUGUUUUGCACACCCUGGCGUAUGUGGGCCUGGGACCUGCUACAACACCCUGGGAAAUUACACAUGCAUCUGCCCUCCUGAGUACAUGCAGGUCAAUGGAGGCCACAACUGCAUGGCUAACUUUAAAACUAUAUGUGGAAAUAUUCCCGGAUUCACCUUUGACAUUCACACAGGAAAAGCUGUUGACAUUGAUGAAUGUAAAGAGAUUCCAGGUAUUUGUGCAAAUGGUGUCUGCAUUAACCAGAUUGGCAGUUUCCGCUGCGAAUGCCCAACAGGAUUCAGUUACAACGACUUGCUCCUGGUCUGUGAAGACAUCGAUGAGUGCAGCAAUGGUGACAAUCUGUGCCAGCGCAACGCAGACUGCAUCAACAGCCCAGGCAGCUACCGCUGCGAGUGUGCGGCUGGCUUCAAACUUUCCCCCAACGGGGCCUGUGUAGAUCGCAAUGAAUGUUUAGAAAUUCCUAAUGUUUGCAGUCAUGGACUGUGUGUUGAUCUGCAAGGCAGUUACCAGUGCAUCUGCAACAAUGGUUUUAAGGCUUCUCAAGACCAGACCAUGUGCAUGGACGUUGAUGAGUGUGAGAGGCAUCCAUGUGGAAACGGAACUUGCAAGAACACUGUUGGAUCCUACAACUGUCUGUGCUACCCUGGGUUUGAGCUCACUCAUAAUAAUGAUUGCCUAGACAUAGAUGAGUGCAGCUCAUUUUUCGGUCAGGUGUGCAGAAAUGGACGGUGUUUUAAUGAAAUCGGCUCCUUCAAGUGCUUGUGUAAUGAGGGCUAUGAACUUACUACAGAUGCCAAAAACUGUAUUGAUACUAAUGAGUGUGUCGCCCUUCCUGGCUCUUGUUCUCCCGGGACCUGUCAGAAUUUGGAGGGAUCCUUCCGGUGCAUCUGUCCCCCAGGGUAUGAGGUGAAAAGCGAGAACUGCAUCGAUAUAAAUGAAUGUGAUGAAGAUCCCAACAUUUGCCUCUUUGGUUCCUGCACUAACACCCCAGGGGGUUUCCAGUGCAUCUGCCCUCCUGGCUUUGUCUUGUCUGAUAAUGGACGGAGAUGCUUUGAUACCCGCCAGAGUUUCUGCUUCACGAACUUUGAAAAUGGAAAGUGUUCUGUACCCAAAGCCUUCAACACCACAAAAGCAAAAUGCUGCUGCAGUAAGAUGCCAGGCGAAGGCUGGGGGGACCCAUGUGAGCUGUGCCCCAAAGAUGAUGAAGUUGCAUUCCAGGACCUGUGUCCAUAUGGCCACGGAACGGUGCCUAGUCUUCAUGAUACACGUGAAGAUGUCAACGAGUGUCUUGAGAGCCCAGGCAUUUGUUCAAAUGGUCAGUGUAUCAACACUGAUGGGUCUUUCCGAUGUGAGUGUCCCAUGGGCUACAACCUUGAUUACACUGGAGUUCGGUGUGUGGAUACUGACGAGUGUUCUAUCGGCAAUCCAUGUGGGAAUGGUACAUGCACCAACGUUAUUGGGAGUUUUGAAUGCACUUGCAAUGAAGGCUUUGAGCCAGGUCCCAUGAUGAACUGUGAAGAUAUCAAUGAAUGUGCCCAGAACCCACUUCUGUGUGCUUUCCGCUGCAUGAACACCUUUGGAUCCUACGAAUGCACAUGCCCAGUUGGAUAUGCCCUCAGAGAAGACCAAAAAAUGUGCAAAGAUCUGGAUGAAUGUACCGAAGGACUGCACGACUGUGAAUCCAGAGGCAUGAUGUGUAAGAAUCUGAUAGGCACCUUCAUGUGCAUCUGUCCCCCUGGCAUGGCUCGCAGGCCCGAUGGGGAAGGCUGCACAGAUGAAAAUGAAUGCAGGACGAAGCCAGGUAUCUGUGAAAAUGGGCGUUGUGUUAACAUUAUUGGAAGCUACAAAUGUGAGUGUAACGAAGGAUUCCAGUCCAGUUCCUCGGGCACUGAGUGCCUUGAUAAUCGGCGGGGCUUAUGCUUUGCAGAAGUGUUACAGACUAUGUGUCAGAUGGCCUCCAGCAGCCGCAAUCUUGUCACAAAGUCAGAAUGCUGCUGUGAUGGUGGGCGAGGCUGGGGCCACCAGUGUGAGCUUUGCCCACUUCCUGGAACUGCCCAGUACAAAAAGAUAUGUCCUCACGGCCCAGGAUAUGCCACUGAUGGAAGAGAUAUUGAUGAAUGUACGGUAAUGCCAAACCUCUGCACCAAUGGCCAGUGUGUCAAUACCAUGGGUUCUUUCCGGUGCUUCUGCAAGGUGGGCUACACCACAGACAUCAGCGGAACAGCUUGUGUAGACCUCGAUGAAUGUUCCCAGUCUCCGAAGCCAUGCAACUUCAUCUGCAAAAACACCGAGGGGAGUUAUCAGUGCUCCUGCCCACGGGGGUAUAUCCUGCAAGAGGACGGAAAGACAUGCAAAGACCUCGAUGAAUGUCAAACCAAGCAGCACAACUGCCAGUUCCUUUGUGUCAACACCCUCGGCGGGUUCACCUGUAAAUGUCCACCUGGCUUCACCCAACAUCACACUGCUUGCAUUGACAAUAACGAAUGUGGGUCUCAGCCUUCACUUUGUGGAGCCAAAGGAAUCUGUCAGAACACCCCUGGAAGCUUCAGCUGCGAGUGCCAAAGAGGAUUCUCUCUAGAUGCCACUGGGCUGAACUGUGAAGAUGUGGAUGAAUGUGACGGAAACCACAGGUGCCAGCAUGGCUGCCAGAACAUCCUGGGAGGUUACAGGUGUGGCUGUCCACAGGGAUACGUUCAGCAUUACCAGUGGAAUCAGUGCGUUGAUGAGAACGAAUGUUCUAACCCCAGUGCCUGUGGCUCUGCUUCCUGCUACAACACCCUGGGGAGUUAUAAGUGCGCCUGCCCAUCCGGGUUCUCUUUUGACCAGUUCUCCAGUGCCUGCCAUGACGUGAAUGAGUGCUCCUCUUCCAAGAACCCGUGCAACUAUGGCUGUUCCAACACCGAAGGAGGCUACCUCUGCGGCUGCCCACCAGGGUACUACAGAGUGGGACAGGGCCACUGUGUCUCAGGAAUGGGAUUCAACAAAGGACAGUACCUGUCUGUGGACACAGAGGUGGAUGAGGAAAAUGCUCUGUCCCCAGAAGUAUGCUAUGAGUGCAAAAUCAAUGGUUACUCCAAGAAAGAAGGCAGGCAGAAGAGGAGCAUGCAGGAGCCCGAACCCACCUCAGCUGUGGAGCAGAUCAGCCUAGAUAGUGUCUCCAUGGACAGUCCCGUCAACAUGAAGUUCAACCUCUCUAGCCUUGGCUCCAAGGAGCACAUCCUAGAACUUAUGCCUGCCAUUGAGCCCCUCAACAACCACAUCCGCUACGUCAUCUCGCAAGGGAAUGAUGAUGGCAUCUUCCGCAUCCACCAAAGGAACGGGCUCAGCUACCUGCACACAGCCAAGAAGAAGCUCAUGCCCGGCACAUACACACUGGAAAUCACAAGCAUCCCUCUCUAUGGGAAGAAGGAGCUGAGGAAACUGGAGGAGCGCAAUGAAGAUGACUACCUCCUAGGGCAGCUCGGGGAGGCUCUCAGAAUGAGGCUGCAGAUUCAACUCUAUUAGCCUUUUGCAGACUUGGGUCCCAGCAUAGAUGCCAGCACAGGCUUCAGAACCAUUUGGAGUGUCAAUGGCUAAUUUGAAAAUGGAAAAAAAAAGACUUGUGUUUCUUUCCUCCCUGCUCAGACUUUGGAAUGUUGACCUUCACAGGGAGGGAUAAUUUAGACUCUGAUGUGGCCAAAGAUUUGAGUGCAAAGGCAACCAUAGUUACUGUAUUUUUUAUAUAACUUCAUUUUAAAAUAUAUUAAAAAAAACUAAAUGUUCAAGAGAUCAGCAUAUGGCACUAAAUGCACAAAAAAUAAUGUGAGCUUUUUUUCCUAUUAGCAGUCUGUAACACUUUGGGUAUUUUGCUAUAGUUGCUAAUUAAAAAAAUAUAGAUGUUUAUUUAUUUUAAUGCAGUAAUAUAUGGAGAAAUGAACAAACUAUGUAAACAAAAAAAGGGAAACUCACUUGUUUUUCUUUAGAUUUAUAAAUUUGAGCUAUUUCUUUUAGAGGUGCUUCGUUAAAAAUUUCAAUAGAUUCAAGAGAUGUUUCCUUUGGUUUUGUGCCAGUUCUCCAACUGGUACGUACCUGACUAUUUUAAAGAAAGCCUUAGAGAGCUGAAUGGGCACUGUAAUCAAUAGUUUAAAAGACAUGAAUGUGGUUAGAUCCUGUAUAAAGGAGAUCAAAGCCAGAGUAGCCCAUGUGACAAUAUUUCACAUCACCAGAUUCACCAGGCAAAGAAAGAAACACAACCACUGUAGCAAAAUACCUUGACUGCUAGUGAGGCGAUAGCGUUGCAGACCAAACUGUACUGUAUUUUCUUCUUGUAACCUCAAGGAACCACAUGUGCUACCCACAACACCUCAUUCCUACCCAGGGCUCACUGAGCACUUGUGGUCCCGUAGGCAGCUGAAGAACCGCCAUUCCUUUGAGCAGGAACACCCGGCGUUCUGUAGUGUUUGGUGCUGUCGUAGAUUAAUGGUGCAUUUAUUAUGUUCAAGCUAUUUCAGGAUUGCCAUAUGUGCAAACAAAUCUUGCUGUGCAGCCAAGGAAUAUAUAUUGGUGUUUUUUUUAAACCCAUUUUUUUUAGAAUUUUCAUUAAUACUAUAGUUAUACACCAUAUGCCUUGUUUUACCAUAGCUUAUUGUGUAUGAAAUAUGUUUGUAAAAUGAAUUGUUUAGUUUACUUUAGUCAUUUAAAAAGAUACAAUACCAGGAGGUGCUAAUAAGAAUACAUCUCCGUGUUCUUCUCUACCCAAGAACCUGUCCCUGGACCAGUGACCAAACCUCAUAUGUGAAAUGGCCAAAGCACACACAGACUGCCAGUCAUUCCUCUCAUAUGUGUGUUGACCAAAGAUUAGCAACCAGUUAUAGCCAAUGUUUGGGGCUUUUUGUUUUGUUUGUUUUUAAUAACUAAAAAGGAAAAAGAGAAACUGUAAAUUUGUAAUCAAGUAUCUGUGAGGAAAAACUUACGGUUUUGGUUGUGUUUGUUUUUGUAGGUCUGUAUAUCAAAAAUGACACUUUUCUUGCAAUAAAGCUUAU